AGGCUCAGUAGAUAUUUCCUCUUUGUUUUCUCUAUCGCCGCAUUAAUUGAAAACAUAUAUUCUGCGUUCUUUUAUCAUCAAGACGGUAACGCGCUACCAAUUUAUUCUAUCUACUUAUUGAUUUACCUGUUGUAUCUUCUUCUUUAUUUUCUACCAUUCCCUCUCUCAACGCUCUUCGACAUGUCGGUGGACUGGGCGAAGGUGAAGCAGGAGGUGGCGCAGGAGUGGGACGCGUCGAUCGUGCCGGCGCUCUCAGCCUACAUUGCGGUGCCGAACCAGAGCCCGCAAUUCGAUCCUGAGUGGGCGACCAACGGACUGCAAGAGAAGGCGUUCCACAUCCUGAUUGAGUGGGUGAAGUCGCAGAAGGUGCAGGGGCUGACCUACGAGUACAUGACGAGCGAGGGCCGCGCGCCCUUCCUGCUGAUUGAGAUCGCGGGCACCGAGCCGACCAAGAACACGGUGCUCAUGUACGGGCACAUGGACAAGCAGCCGCCGCUGCGUCCGUGGGCGGAGGGCCUCGACCCGCACAAGGCGGUCUUGCGCGACGGCAAGCUGUACGGCCGCGGCGGCGCGGAUGACGGGUACGCGAUCUUCAGCGCGGUGACGUCCAUCUCCGCCCUGCAGCGCCACGGCAUCCCGCACGGCCGCAUCAUCAUUACGAUUGAGGCGGCGGAGGAGUCCGGCAGCCCCGGUCUGGAUCACUACAUGGCGGUGUGCAAGGAGCGCAUCGGCAAUGUCGAUCUGAUGGUGUGCCUCGACAGCGGCGCCAUGAACUACGACCAGGUCUGGCUGACCACCUCGUUGCGCGGGAUUGCGAUUGGCGAACUGACGGUGCAGACGCUGACGGAGGGCAUGCACAGCGGCGUCGCCGGCGGCGUGGUGCCGGACACCUUCCGCAUCACCCGCGAGCUGCUGAACCGCAUCGAGGACGCGAAGACCGGCGAGGUGCUGCUCCCCGAGGCGUACUGCGCGAUCCCCGCCCACGCAGCGAAGGCGGCGGAGGUGAUGGCGACGGUGCCCUUCAAGGAGCAGUUCCCGAUGGCGCCUGGCGUGGCGACGGUCGAAGGCGACAACGUGGAGCUGGCGCUGAAGAUCUUCUGGAAGCCGAGCCUGACGGUGGUGGGCGCGAACCUGCCGGAGCCGCAGGUGGCUGGCAACGUGAUUCGGACGCACACGACGGUGAAGCUGUCCCUGCGGCUGCCGCCCCUCGUCGACGCGGCGGCGGCGCUGGCGGCGAUGAAGCGGGUGCUGGAGGCGGACCCGCCGUACGGCGCGAAGGUGACCCUCGCUCCCAAAGGGGCGGGCAACGGGUGCGCGACGCCGGAGUUGACGCCGUGGAUGGAGACGGCGCUGCGGGAGGGCAGCACGGAUGCGUUUGGCAACACCUUCGCGAUGCAAGGCAUGGGGGGUGGGAUCCCCUUCAUUGGCAUGCUCAUCGAGCAGUACCCGGAGGCGCAGUUUGUGGUGACGGGUGUGCUGGGCCCACAGAGCAAUGCGCACGGUCCGAACGAGUUCCUGCACGUCCCCUACGCGAAGGGCCUGACGUACAGCGUUGCCCGGGUGGUGGCGGAGCACUUCCACCACACCCCCAAGUAA